CUUAAUGCUAAUCGCUUAUUAAUUUGUUCUUAGUAAUGCAUAUUUACAUUAAAUUUUGUGACAUGGUACAAUGUCAUGCCAUUUACUGAGAAUUAAAUUGCAAGAUCAGUGCUCAAGCUGGUGGCUCUAUGCAACAGUAAGCAGAUGUAAUACUGAAUCAUGGGAGAAAUUACUUUUCUUAAGAUGCAUAAUCACCUCACGAAUGCUGAUUUUGAGGUGGUUUUCGGUAGCCAUGCUUUGUUUUCCUGUUCUCCCAGAGAGGUGAUACUGAAUGAUCCUUAUAGUGAUGUGUGCUCUGUUUCUGCUUCACCCUCCUGUAAGCGUAAAACACAGCUAAAGAAAAAACUCAAAUAAGGCUAUAGAGUAUAGAGGACACAGUACCCUCUGCUAGUCUGCAGGAUAAACUAUUUUCAGAAUCAGUGGAGUUGAGAAAAAUUUCAAGAAAGAGGCUACAGGGUCACAGGACAGCUGAGGUGGGAAAGGAUGUCUGCAGAUAACCUCAUCCCCUGUCCUGCUCACAGCAGGCUCAGCCAGAGCAGGCAGGUCAAGGCUGUGGUCCAACUGGGUUCUGUAUAUCUCCAAGGAUAGAGUUUCCAUAACCUUGCUGGAAAACCUGAGCCCAGUAUUUGACUACCCUCAGAGUUUUUAAAAGAAAUAGAAGUUUUUUCUUAUGUUUAAGUAGACUUUUUUGGUUUAUAUUUUUUUGAUUUGUGCCCCUUGCCUCUUGUUUGUUCACUGGAUGCCAGUAAGAAGAGUUUGGCUCAAUACUCUUAACAUCUUUCCACCAGGUAUUUAUACACAUGGCUAAGAUCUUUCCAUAGCCUUUUGUUUCUCAGGCAGAAUGGUCCUGGUGCUCUCAGCCUCUUAUAUAGCAGGUUCUCCAGUCCCUUCAUUAUCUGAAUCCUUAUGGAGAGCUGUAUGAGAGACAACCUGAAGAACGAUUCACGUGAAUCUCUGGUCAGGGACAGUAAGCUUCUGUUUGGCAAGAAGUAAGAGAGAGCAAAAUGAAUUAAAGCCAAAACUGUAUUAAUACAUUUAGGUGAUCAGUAUGAUAGCAGAAUUUUUAAGGGAAGUUUAGAAAAAAACAAGCACAGAAUGCACUGAUCAACUUGAGGUGAUUAAAAAAUACUGUAAAGAUGAGAUAGGAGAACCAGGGUACCAAGAGGUUUCGGAAACGCAAGCAUCAGUUGAUAAUUGAACUGGUGGGUUAGAUGGGAUGGUCUUGAGAGUUACUGACGUGGAAAAAGGAGAAGGUACAGUCUCAGAUGAUAUUCUGAGAGUUACGGUGAACGGGAGAGCCCAGGAGAAUCAAACAGAAGCUUGAAGGAACAGCGAUCGGAGGAGAGAGUUAUGGAAUACGUUUGGUACAGGCAGCACCUGACGGACUCGGCAGUGCAUAAGAGGGUUGGUGGUCAUGAUACGGUGAAGCUAAAAGUGCUCUGCACACAGUAAGUGGAUAGUUGCCCUCAGGUUACCCUCAGGUGCCAAGGAAUUCCCUCCCCACCUGUUGUUAAAAGGACUGUCAGAACACUAUUGUUAAUCACAAGUUCAUUGAAGUACACUUCUGAAUAUUGCUGAGGAGAAACUGGAAGUGGCCACAGUGUCACUUAGCUAUUGCUAAGAAAGUUGUCAUGGAUGAUGACGAUGAUGAAUCCUGUCUCCUUGAUCUUAUUGGGGACCCACAGGCACUGAAUUAUUUUCUACAUGGACCUAGUAGUAAAUCUAGCAAUGAAGACUUGACCAACGCAGAAUAUUCUGUAGCCAACUCAAAUUCAAUUUUCGCCAACUCCAAUAGCACUGAUCCUAAGUCGUCUGUAAAAGGUGUAAGCGGUCAGCUUGGAGAGGGGCCUAGUGAUGGACUGCAGCUGUCCAGUAGCCUUCAGUUUCUUGAAGAUGAACUUGUAUCGUCUCCUUUGCCUGAUCUUACUGAGGAUCAGCCUUUUGAUAUUCUUCAGAAGUCCUUGCAGGAGGCCAAUAUUACUGAACAGACUUUGGCAGAAGAGGCAUAUUUGGAUGCCAGUGUAGGUUCUAGCCAACAGUUUGCACAAGCUCAGCUUCAUCCUUCUUCAUCAGCAUCCUUUACUCAGGCUUCUAAUGUUUCUAAUUACUCAGGUCAGACGUUGCAACCUAUAGGAGUUACUCAAGUGGUACAGCAACCUGUUGGAGCAUCUUUUGCAAGCAAUACAGUCGGUGUGCAACAUGGCUUUAUGCAACAUGUCGGAAUUAGUGUUCCCAGCCAGCAUUUGUCUAAUAGCAGCCAGAUCAGUGGUUCUGGGCAGAUACAGCUAAUUGGUUCAUUUAGUAAUCAACCUUCCAUGAUGACCAUUAAUAACCUCGAUGGAUCUCAGAUAAUACUGAAAGGCAAUGGUCAGCAAACACCUGCAAACAUGAGUAGUGGGCUCUUGGUUCACAGACAAACUCCAAAUGGGAACUCGCUGUUCAGUAACUCAAAUUCAAGUCCAGUAGCACAACCCGUAACUGUUCCAUUUAACAGCACAAAUUUUCAGACUUCAUUGCCUGUCCAUAAUAUCAUCAUUCAAAGGGGUUUGGCACCAAACUCUAACAAAGUUCCUAUUAAUAUCCAACCAAAGCCGAUUCAGAUGGGUCAGCAGACUGCUUACAAUGUGAAUAACUUGGGAAUACAGCAACAUCAUGUACAGCAAGGGAUUCCCUUUGCUUCUGCAAACUCACCUCAAAGCUCAGUAGUUGGUCCUCAUAUGUCUGUUAAUAUUGUUAAUCAACAAAAUACAAGAAAAUCAGUUACACCUCAGACAGUUAGCAAUGCUGGAGGUAGUAUUGUUAUCCAUUCUCCUAUGGGACAGCCUCACGCAUCUCAAAACCAGUUUCUCAUACCUACAAGUUUGUCUGUUAAUUCUAAUUCAGUUCAUCAUGUCCAGGCCAUAAAUGGACAGCUUCUUCAGACUCAGCCUUCCCAGCUGGUCCCUGGCCAAGUGUCUGCUGAGCAUGUAAUGCUCAACAGGAACUCUACAAACAUGCUAAGAGCCAACCAGUCGUAUUCAGGACAGAUGCUGAAUAAUCAGAACACAGCUGUUCAGCUUGUUUCUGGCCAGACAUUCACAGCUCCUGGAAACCAAGUUAUAGUAAACCAUGGAACUUCACAAAUUGUUGGUGGGCAGGUGCCAAUGCAGCAGGCAUCACCAACGGUGUUGCAUUUGUCACCCAGUCAAGCUAAUGUUUCUCAAGGUAGAUCGAGUUUCACUGCGAUGUCACCCGGGCAGUCCACAGUCUCAAAUAUGUCAGCUUCUAACAGAUUUGCUGUUGCAAGUUCUUCUGGUUCAGUACAUCCUAGCUUGGGACCAUCAGUUCAGUCUGUCGCAUCAGGAGGAAACUUUACAGGAGAUCAGCUCAUACAGAACAGAUCUCAAGUUUCUGUCAGUGCAUCGCAUCGUCUUCCAGCGUCCUCUUCCAAAUCCGUCAGCACCUUCAGUCACACAUCUGGUGGAGUAACACAACAGCAGUUUGCCUUUGGUCAGAAAAAGGCUGUGAACCAGACAUCGCCAGUUUCUGCAUCGAAGACACAGGAUAAUUUGAGACAGCCUCAGCUAACAAAUCUUCUGAGCAACACAUUAUCAGGACAGGACUCUGGAGGAAAAAUCAUACCGCAAUCUCUAGGAACAGCACAGCCACAAGAAAAAGUGAUAGGAUCAGCAUCAGUUCAACAGAGUAUACAGGUGGAUGGUCAUUUAGUUGGACAGAAAAGGCCUGCUGCUAAACAGUUAACUAAAGGAGCUUUUAUUCUACAACAAUUGCAGAAGGAUCAGGUACAUGCCGUGACACCAGAUAAAAGUCGGUUCAGAUCAUUAAAUGAUGCAGUUCAAAGACUCCUUUCAUACCACGUGUGCCAGGGAUCACUGCCAACAGAGGAGGACUUAAGAAAAGUGGACAGUGAAUUUGAAUCUGUAGCCACACAGCUUCUGAAGAGGACACAAGCUAUGCUGAACAAAUACAGAUGUUUGCUAAUAGAAGAUGCAAUGCGGAUAAAUCCCUCUGCAGAAAUGGUUAUGAUUGAUAGGAUGUUUAACCAGGAGGAAAGGGCAUCUCUGACCCGGGAUAAGCGUCUUGCACUUGUGGAUCCUGAUGGUUAUCAGGCUGAUUUUUGUUGUUCUGCCAAACAACUGGAGAAAACAGCUGAAGAAGCACAGACCAGCAAAAGUGACCAUCAGUCUAGCAAAACAUUACCUUCUCGAAGUCAGAGUACCAAAACCCAAGCAAGAGACCGACCAAAAUCCAGCUCAGCAGAGUCCACAAAUCACAGUAAACUUCCUCUAGUGCCUAACAACAUUCUGACCCCACAAGAAGGAAAAGCUUCUACUAAAAAAUCGGAGAGCCUCACUAAAGCUUUAAAGUUUGAAAAAGCUAAUUGUUCUUCUGAGAGCCAAUAUGUGGCCCUUUCUGAAGAAAGGAUGACUGGGAAAGAUCUUGCCAAGUCCACUGAGAAUUCUUUGAGUUCUGAAGACUUGUCAAAAGCUGUGUCAAGAGGCAGUCAUGGGACACAGAAUAAGAUAUCAAGGAACACAGUUCAAUCUUUCUCAAAGGUAACGUGUAAUAAUUCUCUUCAAGACAAAACUCUGAGGAGCUCUCCAAAGAAUGAGGUUUUGCAUCCUGAUAACAGGAAAGGCUCUGGUGAAACCCAGCAAGACUUACUGCUCAAUAAGAGUUUAGAAACUACGUUUAAAAACAUCUUGGAACUUAAAAAAGCUGGGAGGCAGCCACAAAAUGAGGCGGCAAGUAGUGGCUCCGUUGAAUUAGAAUUUCCCAAUUUUUCACCUAUUGCUUCACAAGAGAACUGCCUGGAAAAAUUUAUUCCAGACCACAGUGAAAGUGUUGUAGAAACUGACUCUAUUUUAGAAGCAGCUGUAAAUAGUAUCUUAGAGUGUUAAUAGUUACAGUACCAUGGACAAGUUAUGUUUCUCUUGACAGAAGCAAAUGUGAAUGACACCACAAGUACAGCCUGACAUGCAUUUAAGGUUAACCUUUCUAAACUAGAUUCUGUUCUGUGUUUGAGAGCAAUACUCAUUGUGGUUACAGUGAGAUAUCCAAGUAAAGUUAAUCCUUGUUAGAAUGCAGUCUGUUAGGGCCUUACUGUUUCAAGUAUUAUUAUGAUAGCGCUUUUAAUUGAGCAAUGCUGCAACAUAACAAGGUUGCAGGUCGUUAGGCCCUAUAUAAUACGGUAAUAUACUGACAAUCACAGUCAUUUGAAAGGAUAUAUUUAUUAAGAAAAUGUUUUUAAAGAGUGAUGGAAGCAACAAUUCUCCCCUACCCUCUCUUCCACAAAUCAUCAAAUUUUUAAUUUUUCUGGAAAACCCACUGUACCUCUAUUCAGAAGUGAUUAUUUGCUUUGUUGAUGAAUCUGUAUUCUAGGAUUCUUGAGUUGGAAGGAAAUCAUCAGUGUGUUUACAAGGCUUCAUAAUUUAAACUUUAAGUGCUUUUCUAUUGCUUUCUGAGCAGAAACUAGUACUUGAUAUAUUUGUAGUGGGUAACUUUAGUCUGUGGGAUGAUAUUUUAUGAUCUUAGUCACAGUGGCAUGAUAUGAAGUAAUAAAUGCUUGACUAAGGAAGGUAGAAUGGAAGCCAGUAAAUGGCAAAGUGUACAGGAUGAGGCCAUGAGAGAGCCAUGAAUUUAUAUAUAUAAUACAUAUAUAUGUUAACUCUUGAGGAAAAGAUUUUGCAUUUUAUAAUUGGAUGUAGUCAGCCUUGAGUCUUUCUGAAGUGGUAUAAAUGUUUGUUUUUUUUUUAUUUGUUGUUUGUUUUUUUUUUUAGACCAAGUGUCAAAAGCACUUUUAUUUGAAAACUGUAUUUGUAGCUUAUAUUUUAAGAGGACGUUAGCCUUACUCUGAUUAAAUUUAAAGGCCAGUGUUUAUUUUUUAUUUUUUUGCUGUUUUGCUGUCAGAGAAUGUUAAAUCAUCCACCGUAGCAGUCAUAAUUAUCAAGAUAUGUACAGACCAAAGUUGAUCAGCGAUCCCAUUGUUUAAACAUAUCAAAAAAUGUGUAAUUAUUAAUUCAUAUUGUAGAGCCAAGUGAAACCAUUGCAUGGUUUGUAUCUGGCUUGCUGUCAUGUUAUUAAGAUAGAAUCUUAUUAUUUUAUUUAUUUAUUUUAAUCUAUGACUUUUUUUUUUUUUUUUUUGCUGCCCAUGCUGCUUUGUCCUAGUUUACUUUGGUCAUGAGUGCUUUUAUGCACAUAAGCGCGCUGACAUUGGUCACGUGCGUGCAGUACAUAUGUCUGCUCAGGAGGAUAUAGCUUUUGUGGUUUUUAAGGUAUGCUCAUGUUUUUCCCCAGAACUUCUCCACAAUUUCUUAGAAAAAUUACCAACCAUUUUUCAGACUUGCUGAUUAUGAUUUUCAUGAGAUAGAGGCUCGUUGUGACAAGCUGUGGUUGUCAGUCAGAUUGCCAGGAGAGAAAACAAAAGGUUUUGCUAUUGUGUAAUUCAGUCCGUCUGAAUAGCGCAGAAGAAAGCAGAAUUAGAUCCUUGUGAUAGUAGAACAUUACAGUGCAACUCAGUAUUGAACUACAGUCCACUGUCUGACCACUAAAGGAAACCAAAUCUAGAAAGCAAUGUGAGAAAGAUGAACUUCCUUAAAAUUAAUUUCCCCUUCAACAUGAAUGGAAAUACUGUUUUUUGUAUGUUACUAAUUGCCAUUUAAAAAAAAUUGUGCCAAUUAUAAAGUACCUGUUUGUAAAACCCAACAUUCCCAAGUGUUGUAUAACAUAUUCAAUAUAAUAAGAAGUAUUGCCAGUUUUAAAUUUUUAGUUGGGUGUCCAUAGAAUAGACUCUCAAGCAGUUAGUUGUUUUCUUAUUGGCAAAACUGACAAUAUAGUCUUCACCUAUUGCCUUUUUAGAUUUAAUAAUAUGCUCAUGGCUGUGUAUCCUGAUGCAUAUUUUAUUUUAUCAUUUUGGAAAUUUAACCAUUCUAAACUAUCUUGGAAGGAGAGCAGUAAGUUUCACAGCUGUAUGUUAACCAGUUAAAUUUUUCUUUUAUAGAGAAGAAAAAAAAGUGAAGUUGCACAUUCAUUAAUCCCCUUGCUUUUUGUACCACCUCAAAAUGGAUAUGGGGUUUCCAGCCUCUCUACAGCAAAUACAUAAUUGAAGUAUCAGGCUAUGUGUCUUCUAUUGGAUCUCAUUUGGGGAGGGGGGGAAAUGGUAUAUAAAAAAGGACAAAUUACAAAAAGUAAUUGUGAUUGAUUUGGUCAGACACAUUUCUCUGAACUGCUUGUGAGAGGAACCCAUUGAACAAUCCUAGCAAAAUUGAUCUUAGUUUGUUAAUGUCCUGUUGUUCACUCCUUUGAAUUCAAUUCUAAAGGAAUUCUGGUACGUGAUGAAGCAGUAAAUGAAAGAAUUGUAUUUUUGUGGUGCUUAAAAAAAAAGUUUAUUAAUCAUAUGGGCUCAAGUCCAGCAAAGUAUUGUGAAUGUGCAUGACUUUAAACAUGUUUUCAUUAUUUUGCUGGAUCAGCAUUGUGAUUUCAAUGUUAUUUAAUACUGCCUAAUAGUAAAACAAAUUUUAAACUGGCAAUUAAGAAAACUAUGUUCAUUUUGAAGAUUUUAGUAUAAUUUAUCUGUUAGAGUAGGGAGGCCUUACAGACUGACUUCACUUAAAGAGGAUGUGUCACUUAUUGUCAGUGUGGUAUGGACUUUAUUUGCUUAAAUACCUUCAUUUGUAAAGUAUGUCUCACUUGAAAUUGCUUUGUAUACAUUUUGUAAAAAUAUUUAUAAAAUGUUUUGUAAAAAAAAAAAGUAUAACAAAUUGCAGUUUAUUUUGUUAUGUUGGAUAAAUACUGUUAAAAGACACAAGUCAGUAAAUAUAUUGUUAAUCCAUGGAUAGGAAAUGUUUAGUUGGAGAUUACAAAUUGAAACAACCAUUGCAAUACAGCCAAAGAUUUGGGAAAAAA